AUGUUUGAUAUAGUCGGCAUUCUCUCCCUCUUGCUGAAGCUGGCCCUAGCGGCAUUCCUGGUCCUGAAAGUGUACCUUCUGUGUACGACGGCCCAAUGCACAUCAAAGAAGCGCAUGGAUGGGAAAGUCGUGAUUAUAACUGGAUCGAAUUCCGGUAUCGGCAAGCAGACCGCCAAAGACCUCGUACGUCGAGGAGCUCGAGUGAUCAUGGGCUGCCGGGAUUUAGUGAAGGCCGCCGAAGCGGCCACAGAAAUCCUCGACGAGGUUCCCGGCGGUCAAAUCGUCAUGAAAAAAAUCGAUAACUGCGAUUUUGAAUCGGUUCGCGCCUUCGCAAGAGAGAUUCUCAAGGAGGAAGAAAAGAUCGACGUCUUAAUCAAUAAUGCCGGGACCACCGGGGACUCGAAAUUCAUUCUCACAAGCGAUGGUUUCGAGCAAACAUACCAAACGAAUUAUCUCGCUCCUUUCUUGCUCACGGAGUUACUCGUGCCCAUAUUGAAGAAAUCCGCCCCAUCUCGGGUGAUAAACGUCGGUUCCUUAGCCUAUAUGUUCGUCCGAACGGACACAGAUACGUUGGCAAGGGAUUUUAGGUCUCCGGGCAAAGCUCCGCGCCUCCGAUAUUGCGAAACUAAACAGCUGCUCCUUAAAUGGACUAGAGCACUUCAUGAGGAGUUGAAGGGUUCUGGUGUGACCGUCAAUGUCGUCCACCCCGGUGUGGUUCUCACACCCUUGACUUUCAAAUGCUUCAGUUGGUACAAUUUCUGGUCCAGCCUCUGGCUAGUGACUUGUGGACGGAGUCCAAAGUCUGGAGCUCAGACGUUGAUACACCUGAGUGUGGAGUCGAUCGCGCCAGAAGACAACGGACACUACUGGGCGGAAUGUCGGCGGAAGGCCACAUCGAGGGGGAACGAUCCACAUGACAACGCCAGGGCAGUCGAUAUAACGAGAAGAGAGCUCAAAAUAAAGAGGAGCUAG